UCACCGAUUCGACUCGCUCUCGACCUCUCUCUCUGAUUUUCACUUUCUCUGGGUUUGCUCUGCUUUUCUCUUACCUGCGAAUCCAAAGAAAAAAAAAAAAAAAAUCCAUGGCCCAUGGGACCAUCAUCUGACUGAACUCUCCUUGAUUCCUAGCGAUUUCCUAGGGUUUAUCUUUUUUUUUUUUUUUUUUUUUUUAAAUUCAUGAAAUUGGGCUCUCUUUCCCAGUUCUCGCUCUUCAGCUUAUGGUUCAUUGAUUGAUUCACUCUCUCUCUAUAGCUGUUUCUCUCUCUUUCUCUCUGUGUGUAUUUUUGUGGUGGAAAAUCAUGGCAGUGGGUGAAAUGGCGGUUUUGUCCUCCCUGAAUUCUCUGCCUCUGGGGUUCAGGUUCCGACCGACGGACGAGGAGCUCGUCGAUUACUACUUGCGGUUGAAGAUCAAUGGCGAGGUUCAACUAGUCUCUGUUAUUCGCGAAAUCGAUGUUUGUAAAUUGGAGCCCUGGGAUUUGCCUGAUUUAUCGAUGAUACCUACGAGGGAUCCGGAGUGGUUCUUCUUCUGUCCACAGGACCGGAAGUACCCAAAUGGGCAUCGGUUGAACAGGGCUACAAAGGCAGGAUAUUGGAAGGCAACUGGUAGAGAUCGUAAGAUAAAGUCCGGAACACUCCAGAUUGGAAUGAAGAAGACUUUGGUCUUCUACACAGGCCGUGCUCCUAAGGGGAAGAGGACCAACUGGGUAAUGCACGAGUAUCGCCCCACGUUGCAGGAGCUCGAUGGAACUAACCCUGGCCAGAGUCCCUUUGUCCUCUGUCGUUUGUUCAAGAAACAUGAUGAGAGUAUUGAAGGUGUGAACUGUGAGGCAGCUGAAACAACUGUGUCAUCUCCUAUCACCAAAUCUUCUCCUGUGGAUACGCAGUCCGAGCAAGAAGUGACUCUAGGACCUCUAGCAUCUGGAAAGCAACCUGAAAUGCUUCCCACGAAAAUAGAAUAUUCGAUGAUCGAAACUUUUGAUGACAUGACAUCAGAGGCGGGAGGAGCUAUUGCUUUUCCCAGCAAUAGCUAUAGCGCUUAUGAUGCAGGAGAUCAAGGGAUAGAAGAAACAGCUAGUGAGAGUGAUCAGGAGCUGGAGGAAGACCUGAAAAUUUUUUAUGCCCCCACACCUGGGCCGCUAGAUUGCAAAAUAUUUUCUCCUCUGCACUCACAGAUGCAAGCCGAGCUAGGAUCUUCUUGCAUGUAUUACCCUGUUGCCAAUGAUUGUAGCACUGGUCAUAGUGGGGUGCAGUUUCAGUACGGGACCAAUGAGUCGGAUGAUGUCACUCAGUUCCUGAAGUCCGUUCUUAAUAAUUCAGGGGAGGAUGCAACGGAAGAUUUUGUCACCGAAAAUAAUCAGGUUGUCGAGAGCACAACAAUGACGAAUGCAGCUUCUGGUUUCAAUGGUGUGUUAUAUGGUGAUGGACAAGCUCAAUUAGAGAAGCUUGAGGCAGGAUUGCAAGGAGCGAUGUCCUUUGUGGGCACUUUUCCUGGAGAGGCUUCCAUAUACACAGAAAAUCCUGAAGAUCACAGUACUGGUUAUUUAGCGCAUGCUGAGCCCUACAGCAGAAAUGUUCUGCCAUUUGGUUCUGCAGUAUCUAUCAAUGAUUUGAACCCAAUUUUGAACGAGGAUUCCGGACCUGUGAUAAUCAGGAGGACUCGCCAGCUGCAGAAUCCACCAAGCAGCAUUGAAACCGAGGCACCACAUGUAACGAUGAUACAAGGGGCUGCACCGAGAAGAUUACGCUUGCAGAAGAAACUUCAAAUUAGCUGCAGCUUCAAGUCUGUAGGACGUCAGAACAAUAAGCCGGAAGAAGAAUCAAAACCGGUAGUUAAAGAGGAGGAAAAAGCUGUUGAACAGCACGCCACUGGUAGCGUGGACGAACCCCAGAAAACACCCUUCUCGGGUCCUGUUGAUGACGGUAAAACAUGUCAAGAACCAGGCACAACAAUGAGAUCAUACUCAAUCUCGAAGACGGGCAAGAAGAAGGUCAUUUCUGUGUUCUCGGAGACUGGCUCAACCUGGUUAUUUUCCUUUAUGUUUAGGGUAGUUGUGUUUGCCGUCUUGUUCAUAAGCUUCACUAGCAUGUGGAGAUGUCUUAAUUUCUAGUGCUUUGGAGGUCUUACGAGCAGGUCCUACUACCUUUUAUGUGGGGCCCGGAUUGGGCUUCUUUGAUAUAGAUUUUUUAUUUUUUUUUUAUUUUUUAUUUUUAUAUUUAUUUAUGUGUAUAGCAGCAUUAUAGAAGCCUGGACUAACUGUACUUUGUGUGUUUUUGAUUAUGUAGCAGCGUCUUUUUUGCGGCUUCCAUGUAUAAUUCUGAAUUUAGGUUUAGCUGCGUAUUACUAUAUGAAGAUGAAUAAUUAGCUGGAGUUCCUACAUAUAUGCACACAAAUAAGGUUUAACAUCUUAAACAUUGAUACUCUUUUUUCCCCUCUU